AUGCUCCAAAACUACACUCCCCAAGAUUUAAAACUAGCUUAUCAAUUAGUCCAAACUGACUUAUUUAAUUCACUCACUAAUCUAACCAAUGGUGCCAGUCUAAGAUUAGGCUCGUUAGUGCUUUAUGGCUAUGGCUCUCACCUAAAUCCAGACUACACCAGUGGCUUACCCGUCCUAGGUGGUUUAGCCUUCGAAGCCACUACUGGUCAAAAGAUACCUCAACUAGGAGGAACCAUGGCCGAAGUUCAAACCGCUUUACAACAACUCCAAUUAACCCAAUCCCAAAUUAUUACUAAUCAAACUCAAAUCUAUCAACACCUUGAACAGUUAAAAACUAAUGCUACUCAGCAACUCACUAAUUUAAUCGACCAAUUUAAAUCAUUUCGUUUAACCCAUACCCAAGAGAAAAAACAAAUCGAAUUUCACCCUAACCCUAAAUUAGAAUCCGACUAUUAA